GGAGCAAAGCAGGCAGCUCUCUGCUCUGCCUUUUUGUCCUACGCAUGAUAGGCGUGCAAUUUUCAUGCCGCUCUCAGUGCCCUAUUUCACCCGAUCCAUGCUCUUGUGCGGGAUGGUGGCCGCGAUGGCGGUAGUGCCGUCGCACCCGACCAGGACAGCUGAAGCUCUCCGACAACGCUCGGCACAGCAACAUCGAGCAUCAUGUUUCAUGAAACAUCAUGAGCCGUCCGGCACACAACGUCGACACCAACGCCCCAGUCCUCUCUCGGUUGCAUUCGCCGUCAUGUCACCACGUCCACCAGAGAGCGGCGGCGGCGCCCGAACCGGCGGAGUUGGCGCCGCCCCGUGUUCUGUUGGCGGUACUGCAACUUCAUGGUCCUUGCAGCCAAGCCGCAGCUGCAAUAGCAGCAUCAGCAGGUUGCGCGGCCGCCGUUCCCGAUCCGUUCCUACGGCGCUGGCUGCUUCUAAGAGCAAGAACAAGAGAGCGAAGAAAAAGAAAGCUAGCAGCGGCGUCCGUAGUAGCGGGGGUGGUGGAUUCGGCAGUGCCUCCGCCGCAACAACAGCAGGAGCAUCUAAGACCGGCGAAUCACAGCAGCAGCUGCAACCGGAGCGACAACCAACGGCGCGCCUUGCUGCUGCUCCAGCAGCGACAGCGGCGCGGGGCGGGCAGCUCCCCGACGACGACUUCGCCACCUUCCCGCCCCUCUCCCCGGACACCCUCAAGUCCAUCAUGGGGGUCGACGUGUUCGACCUUCCCGCCGGCGGCAUCCCGGCCAGCGAGCGGGGCCAGCAGGAAGCCCUGCCGCCGCAGGUCCUCGAGUGCAUCCGGGGGCGCCACGGCCUCGAGGAGUUUGCGGGCGGCCGGCGGCUCCUCGACCCCGAGUACUUCGGCGCGGACGGCGAAGCCGGUGAUGCGGCUCUGACGGGGUCCUCCUCUUCUUCAGAGUCGCCCGCGGCGGCGGCGGCGGCGGCGGUCGGCGGGGAGAAGAAAGAAGGCGGGGACGGCACCGCCGCUAAAAGCCGGCUGCUGUUCCCAGGCCUCCGCCUCCUGCACGCCGAGCCGCCCGUCAUCGGCGUCAGCGACUUCUUCACCGACGAGGAGUGCGACGAGUACAUCUCCAGGUCCGUUUCGCCGCCACCGCCGGCUGCCGUAACCUCGGGGGCGGGGGCGGGGGCGGGGGCGGGGGCUGCUGCAGCGGCGACGGGGAGCGGGCCGCACAUGCAGCGGAGCGCCACGCUAGGUGCCGACGUGGACGCCGUGGCUCAGCGAACGUCCACCACUUGGUUCCACCGGUUUUCGGCGGUACCGGAGCUGAUGGCGAAGGCCUCCGCCCUGGUGGGAGUUCCAUUCGAGGAAGGGCGAUGGGAAGAGGCGCAGACGGUGCGGUAUCGCCCGGGGGAGAAGUUCACUUGGCACUUGGACGCGCUGCCACCGGCCCCAGACCUGGCCUCCAAGGGGGGGCAGAGGAUCGCCACCCUGCUGGUGUACCUCACGGAGAUGCCCGAGGGGGACGGGGGGGCGACGGCGUUUCGAGACCUGGGACCCCUUCGUGUUCGCCCGCGUAAGGGGUCCGCUCUGCUGUUCUUCCCGUCUUUGGGGGGUGCCCCGGACUGCCCUUUCGACAUCCGAACGCUACACGCUGGGGAGGUGGUAAGACCGGGAGCGGAGCAGGACAAGUGGAUCGCUCAGCUGUGGCUCCGAGAGCGCCGUUACACCCCAACGGUCCCCAAGCAAAACAGACACGAACACGCUGCUUCGGCGGUGGCAGAGUUCGACAAGAUUUGGCAGGGCUAGUGUAACCUGCUUGGUGGCCCUGGCAGUACUAGUAUGUUGCUGCUUGUACCGUGCUUGCGUGGUUGAAUCGAUCGCCCGUUGGCGAAGGAUUUCGGCCGUUUCGGGAAGAGUUGUAUUCGUACGUCGAGAGGGGUGUGUAUCGAGGGGAACUUACGCGCCUAUUUCGAAUGACGAAGCUCAUUCGGUGGUCGCGAAGUGCUACAAGGCUUGGUGGCGUUACGCUGUUUGCAUCCCUGUCAAGAACUAGUCGAUCGCGGUUGGCCCGUGCCGGAGUCAAUCGUUCGGGUAUCAACGGAUUUGGCGUUACCUUUUUAUUCACGUUCAUUUUCAAAUGGUGUUUGCUUCUGAAAAGAGUUGUAUGCAUGCGUCCACAGGAGUGUGUCGAAGGGGAACGGACGCGCCUACUCGACGACGCUCAUUCAGUUGGUCUCGUUGUACAACUUGCUCGAGCAGCAGGGAAGCAUUGCAGUGGGCAGCCUUUUCGACGUGUUUAUGGCAAACUACAACUCAGUACGAUCGAAGGCUGAAUGGCCCGCGGGGUGAACCAGUAAGUCUAGACUUGGCGGACAGGACCAUAGUUUCGGAGCUCGUUAUAGAUUUGUUUCGGAAUACGGAGGCGCAUGAGAAUUUUUUUUAACGGAAUGUAUCUAAUAGACUUAUCGCGCACGGCUUAUUAGUCUAGUGGUUCCCAAAAGAAAGGUGGAGGUCGCCUUCGGGGAUUUGUCAUCUUUUCUUUGCGUGCAGGAAUAGAACUUCCUUUGGAUGCUUUGAGCCC